UUUAUACUCGUCGUUUAACGUUGGUACAACAUUCGUUACUUCGAAUAACAAAUAUGAAGUGGUGUAUCUUUCUUGUAACCGCUGGUAUAUUCCUUGCGUGUGAAGGCAGAGAGUUAUCGAGAUGCGACCUGGUUAGAGAACUGAGGAGAUACGGGUUCUCGGAGAAUCAAAUGAGAGAUUGGGUAUGUCUCGUGGAAAAUGAGAGUUCCAGACGUACGGACGUAAUCGGAAAACCGAACAGUGACGGUUCCCGAGACUACGGCCUGUUCCAGAUCAACGAUAGAUACUGGUGCAGCAACACCAAUACACCUGGCAAAGAUUGUAACGUCACUUGCAAACAGUUGUUGUCUAACAACAUACGGGAUUCAGCAGUUUGCGCUCAGAAGAUAUUCAGACGACAUGGCUUCAACGCUUGGUACGGCUGGGCAAACCGCUGCCGUGGUAAACCUUUACCCGACAUUAGAUCCUGCUAG